UCGUGACGACAAGUCUCGCGUGAUGAGACUUGUGGUGUCGGGAUUUUCUGAAAGACAGGAGGAGAAGGCUGUGUAAGGCAAAGAAGAUGCAGGCACCUUAGCAACGACUCUCCCUUCCGAAGUCUGCAACUCACUGAAAGCAGGGGGGCCGUAAUCCAAUCUCUGACAUGAAGAAAGACAUUGAGACUAUUAUAGCCCAGGAAAGAGCUGAAAUUAUUAGCAAGUAUGAGAAGGGCCGGCAGCCUGGAGCUCAGAUAGACCCAUGGGAGGAUGCAAAUUUCUCUCUUUAUAAAGUCACAGAUAGAUUUGGAUUCUUACAUGAACAUGAAUUGCCUUCACGUAGUGCCCAAGAGGAAAAGCAAAAACUACAGGAGAUUGAACGUGUUGAUAAAUGGCUUAAGAUGCUCAAAAAAUGGAGCAAAUAUAGGAACAGUGAAAAGAUGUACCGAAGAGUGUAUAAAGGUAUCCCGCUACAAGUGAGAGGUCAGGUCUGGUCUCUGCUUUUGGACGUUGAAGAAAUGAAGUUGAAGAACGAUGGCAAAUAUGAGAAAAUUAAGGAUCUGGCGAAGACUUAUUCGACAGAGAUUAAACAAAUUGAUUUGGAUAUAAACCGGACGUUUCGCAAUCACAUUAUGUUUCGAGAGCGCUACGGAGUCAAACAGAGGGCGCUGUUUGAUGUGCUGUCUGCCUAUUCUGUUUACAACACGGAGGUCAGUUACUGCCAGGGGAUGAGUCAGAUUGCAGCUGUACUGCUCAUGUAUCUGAAUGAGGAGGAUGCCUUUUGGGCUUUGGCACAGCUGCUCACCAACCAAAGACAUGCAAUGCACGGCUUUUUUAUACCUGGUUUUCCAAAGCUCCAGAGGUUUCAGAGUCACCACGAGCAGAUUCUCAGCAAAGUGUUCCCUAAACUAAAAAAACACAUGGACAAAGAAGACAUGUCUACUGGAAUUUAUACAACAAAAUGGUUUCUGCAGUGUUUCCUGGACCGGACACCAUUCACCCUUACCCUGAGGCUCUGGGAUAUCUACAUACUGGAGGGCGAACGAGUUCUUCCAGCCAUGGCUUACACCAUACUUAAACUACACAAAAAACGUUUGCUUAAGAUGCCUAUGGAGGACUUGCGGGAGUUUCUUCAGGAGAAGAUAGCACGAUCGCUAAGCUAUGAUGAUGAUAUUGUGGUUGAACAAUUACAGACUUCAAUGGCUGAACUUCGCAAGAUGAAACUUGAACUUCCUCCUCCAGGAAAAGCUGAGGAAUUCCCAAAAAAGACUCUGGGCCAAGAUAUGCCUGUUGACUUCCAUCCAGUUAAGCCUGCUAAGGAGGCAAGUGGAGAGAAAGUAGUUGAAUGUGAGAACACCCCAGAGAUCUCCAAGCUACGUCCUAUGGAUAUUAAUGAUAAUAACUCAAACACUGGGGAUAAAAUUAAAAACCUUUCUUCCAGCUCACAAUAUAAUGGGGCACCCACCACUAUGGCUGUGGGAGAGACAAGCACAAAACAAACUAAUGUUGUAACACAUCAGGAAACAGAUCUUUGCAAAUAUGGUGCAAAGCAGCAAGAGCAUAUUUCUGCAGAAAUCCCCUUACUAGUUACUAGUUACAUUCUACAACACCAUGACUUGAAAGAAGAUGACAAUAAAGUAAGCACGGUUGAUGUCUUGCAACCAGAUUGUGUUGAGGUUUCGUUAAUAUCUGUUAAACAUAAAGAUGUCAAUUAUUCAUCAGACACAAGUGUUUCUGUAAUGGAGACUCCAAAUGAAUGCCAAAAUGGUGCACAGUUGGACAGUGUUGUAAAGCCUGAAUAUGCUUCUGAAGAAAUCAACAAUUUAGCAGAAUCCACUGCACCUAAAGAAGAAUCCCAACUAGAAGCAUGUCCUGCUGAUAUAUUGUCUUCAUCUCAAAGUGAUAGUGAAAUGUUAAGUAUCAGAAAAGUUUCUUCCUGUGAUUCCCUUACUGAUUCCCCUCUAUCACCAGAAUGUGAUAAUCCUACUGCAAAAGAAGAUUGUAUUGUUGCAAUAGGAUUUGCCUCCCUUCAGCUUCCAGAAGCAGAAAGUAAUAGACGUCCGUCUGUUGCUUCUGCAUACGAGAAUGCAUCUGAUGUAGAGCAGGGAGAGUGGCCACCAUGCCCAACAGACACAACUUUUAUUGAGUCACAAAGUGGUGUAAGGCAGGCUAACAUUUGUAAUGCGCUAGAUUUGUCGAUGGAAAGGAGGAAAGAAACAGAAAUCCUUGCACAGCUAAAACCUAUUAUGUCUCAGCACCGAGGGCCAUUGGGAAGUGUGCCAACCUUGCUUAGUAAUAGUCCUGAUUUUCAGGAAUCUGUUACUGCUCAAACUAUGUCUUCGCCAUCAAUACCAGCACAAUUUUUUCCUUGCCAAAUGAUCAAGACUUUUACUUCAAUCCAAGUGUCUCUUGCCACAUCACAGGACUUUCUCAACAGACAAGUAGCGCAUCCAUUGCUUGAUAGUCCUCAACAUCCUCUUAUUUCAAUUGUCCAAAGUGCAUCACAUGAACAAGGAGAAAAGGUAGAUCACGAAACUUUGACCACCGUUGUGAAUGGAUGCAACCUGUACAAAAAAACUCAACCUCCUCCACAAACCGCUAAGCCAAAAGUUGUAGCUCAACAUUGGAACAUUCCUAAAGCCCAAUCAGAUAACAACUUUUAUUCACAUCAUGCUACCAUGGCACAAUUGCCUAAGUCUGUGACAUUCUGAAGUAUCUCAUGCUGUUUGUUAAGUUAAGCUGUGUGUGAGCCAUUUUUAUGCUGGACAUAAAAAUUUGGCAUGAUACAUACCACUGAUAAGGGAAUUUAUGACUAGAAGGAUUUUCAAGUGCAUUGGUAUACAGUUGUUAACAGAAUCUUAGCUUAAAGGAGCAUUUCGCUAUUCUAUAAAAUAAUCACAAAGUGCUUAAUUUUUCAUUUUUUCAUGGCUCUGUUGUUCAAAUGACAACAAUUUUUACAAAGUAAGAAGUUUCAAAAACAUUUCAGUAUUUGUGCACUUUGAUCAGAAUUAUAAUAAGUUCUAACAGUGGCAUCUACUUUUUCCUGUAUGUGUUGUGAAUACUUUUUCUUUUUUUAUCUUUUCAUAUUUUGUUAUACCUUAUAUACCUGAUGGAAUAUCGUUUAUAACUUAUAGCCACAUUGUCAAUUUUCUAAAUUUCUUAUUAAGCAAACUGAUCUAUUACCCAAUAUGCUUUUCAAGUAGAUGUUUUUUCCACCAUACAUUCAUCUGUUUCAAUUACAUGAGUCAUUAAAGCUUGGUCAGAGACAGUUUAAUAUUAGUUGUUUACGUGGCUAUUCCAGACCAAGGUGGCAGCUCAUUGAGCCAUGUAUGGGCAAAAAAUCAUUGGCAAAUAUUUUCUGGCAAGUUAGAAAAUAUAGGUGGGAGACAACUGUAUAGGUCCAUUGAUGUGUUUCUUUCCCAAAAGGUCUGCAUAGGCUUCAGUUAUGAUCCAGUUGUUGCCCAGAUGGCCAGAUCAGGCAAACAUUUCCUCUUUUGGCAACCUAGACAAAUGAGCCCAUCUUUUUGUGUAUGCUUAUCCUAAUAUAUGGAUCACUGAAAUUUGCCAAAAACAUUACAAAGUCCAAAACGGCAUAUUUAUCAAUCUGUGUAUUUUAUUCUACAUUACCCGAAUGCAGAUAUUCAUUUAGUUUUUUUUUUUUACUUUGUGUCAGACCUAUGUAAUCCAUGUAACUUUACAAAAGAACUUCAGACAGGAAAGAAAUUCAAAAACUGCAGUGGUCAAAGCAGCAUUUUCCAAAAAAAAUCCCAAUUUUAGACUCCUCUACACCUAUGCGAUAAUUCAUUACAUGUUUUUAUAACUAUGCUGGAUUUUAUAUGUCUGUGUUAUGGAUUCAGGUGUCAAUGUGUGCCAUUUUAAUACACAGCUUAAUAAAUAUUCCUCAUAGUGUGCAGAAUUGUAGGUGGGUCUGAGCAAGUAUUCAAGUAGUGUGCAGGUGUGCAGAAAUUGCUUAUGCUUAUAUGUGCAUGCCAGAGUGCAAACUUUUUUAAAAGUCAACAUUAUAGAUAAGGGAAAUCAGGAAGGUGAAAAAAAUUUGCAAUAUGCCCCAUUAGUUUAAAUUCCAUGUAUUAAACUGGACAAGGGGACAGCUCUCCAUAUAAGAUAAAGCUAUGCAGUAUCCAGCAAUAACAAUUACAAUUUCUGUUAUACUCCGCUCUAAAUUAUUCAGAACAGUAUUGAACUUUAUUUCAGGCUGUAAUUGUAAUCAGCUAGGACAAUUGUUCUUUCUAUUCUGCGAUAUGGAAUUGGAGCUUAUUUAUUAUACCAUAUGUAUUAUUUUGUUUUUUAAACAUGGCAAGACCAAAGGUUUUUUUUUUUUUCCUUUGAGGGGAUGACAGGUUGUUGGAGUAUUAAUUCCAUAUUUAUUGUUUUUUAUUAUUUAUUAUGACUUACUUUCAUUUUGAAGAAAGUGGCCUUCAGCUUUUUAUAGUAUUGAAAAUCAGAGGCCAGGUUGGUUGAGUAUUUAAAUUAUAGCGAAAAAGCCUUCUGUAUUAGUAUAUUUCAUAAUUUCAUUAUUUCAUGUGCAUUAUCUAUGAGGUCUGAGGUACGAUUUUUAGAACUGCACUAGAGCAGUAUCAGUCUUUUUGUUGAACUUUGUCUCUGUUGGUGUGUUAAAAAUGUGAUGUUGUUAAAGAAAGGGGCACUGUAUGUAUUCUUUAAGUGCAAGCAGGUGUAUGGAGUAUGUUAAAGGAAGUGGUUGCUCCAUUUGUGUGUGAUAUAUCCAAAUAAACAGGAAGGGAGCAUUGGCACUAAGUGCCAAAAGGCUCAAAUGCAAGAAGUGGCUUUUAACACAAGUACCUUUAAUAAAUAAUGUAAAUCUGUACAAUGAAAAGUUGAGCAACUGUGCCUGGGCUUAUGUCCUAACUUUAAGCAGCAAAUCUAUGUGUGAGUGCCAAUAUUCUUUAGCCUGCAUUAGGGACUUGAAGCCUUUCUGAGCUGAAAAGAAAAGGAAAGCCUGGAAGGUUCCAAUUUAUUAGGAGCCCCAAUUUACUUUAUUCACUUACUGCUUAUCCUAGGCAGGCAUUUCUUUUGUCAUGGCGUCGUUUUCUCCAAAGCAGACUAGCACCAGAUUCCCAGGCCUCCCCUGUGCCACUUCAGACUAGUUACAUACUCAGAAUGCUUUGGAAAAGGUCUGUACUGUACUGUCUGAAAGUGGGGGAAUAUGAACCCAGACUGGGGUCUACUACCCUGAACUGGUAGUGCUACCCAUGGUAAGCCAAAGGCAAGUCAAAUCUGCACCCCCUUACCAAAGUGACGUCACUUUCCUUGUUCUUUAAACAAACAUAUAUACAACACAACUUGCAGAUAUUUGGUUGCUUUGGGUGUGACAUGGCAGCAAGAUGUUAUGUUAUUGUAUGCUAAAUAGGUAUUUUAAUGCUUUUAUUGUAUAAAUUACUUGACUUUCCUGAAAGUUUGCUGUCCUAAGGACCAAUGUUUGCCCAGGUCUUGUACUCUGGGCAAUUGCAGAGUGACUACAGGAAUGGGGGCUGUCAGAGGAGGUUGAUCCCUUGCAUUAAAGGUGUCAGUGAUUGGUUACACCAUCAAGUAAUAAUGUCUUUGCUUAACUAGUUGAUGUUUAUUGCUGACUUGGAAGAUAUCUUAAUUAAUUCCCAGCAAGUGUCUGAAAUGACAAUUGCCUGACUGCCUGCAGACUUGCUGUAAGGAAACCCUACAGGACAAUAAAGUCUCCCAUCUGGCCCUAGCCUAACAAAGUAUAUUUUAACCUUGAUAUUCACACACAAUGUAGAUACCCAAUUUAGUUCUGCUGAAGGGACAACAUCUGAUUAGGGUGCAGCAGAAUAAGCAAAAAAAUUACAUUUCCAUCCAUUUAAAUUCAUACAUAAGCUUCUGAAGGUCCAUAACAGAACAUUCAUGUUGCCAGACUUAACAAUUGCUGUACACAUAAACUAUUUACAUCAGCAUCUACAGCUGUAUGGUUAAAUCAUUUUAUUGUAACAAACAUAAAAUAAUCAGUACAAAGCAUUCCUUAGGGAAACAUUUACUUUAUUGUUAUGAGUAAUAUGUUCAAAUUAUUUAUGUUAUACUAUAUAUUGUAAAGGUAGCUUAUUAGCUACCUAUAUUAAAUCAUUUACUGAAUAUUGGUAUAUGUGAGUGCAGGAACAACAAAGUUAUGGAUAACUAGUAAAACAUUCACCCACAAACUCAACAACAAAUUAAUUUGGGCACAAAUCUAGGAGAGCUAGUGACAGCUCAUGGUUACUUUGAUGGCAUCAAGAGGGCUAUUUACAGGGGUUCACAUAUUGUAGCAAAAUUAUUAGAUGCCCAGUGGGAUAACAAUACCAAACAAUGUGUCUGCCCAACAAGCUGCUAGACCACAGGGCAACAAAAAGCACUCAAAAAGAAUUGUGCAUGCAUUCCAGAGUGUGGUAGCUGUGCCUAAUGUAAUUGUCUUUGCUUCUAUAUUGGCCGAAUGUAUGUAUAGGUGCAUUUUAAACACCCCAGUGUCUCUUUGUCUCUCUACCAGUCAGUGGCAUUUUAACUACCCCAGUUCUUCCUGGUGGCAACAUGGCUGGGAAAGGACCAUGUGAUAUGAUCCUAAGCCUAAGUAGUCAAGAUGAUUGAAAUUGCACCACAAUUUACUUGAAUGUCUGGACCUACACAGUGGUUGCUGCAUUCCAAGCAACACUCACCAGACCGAGUGCACUGAAAACAUAAGUUCUUUUACCUUAAGAAAUAAGGAUAUUUGCCAAACUAGACCUACUUUUAGUAAACUUCUUUAAUGAAUCAACAAACAAUACCUUUAAUGGUUACAGAUUCAUUUGCUCAAAAGUCAAAUUGCCUCUGGAACUUUAUUGAGACUUAAGUAGAUUUUACUUUAAGUGGCCUCCUUUAAACAUGUCCUAUAAGCAAUUUUGUUGUAACAGGUAUUUACAUGGCAGCUGUCAAGUUGAGAUACUGAUCAGGAGCUAAGAGAGUCCUUAUAGAGGAGAGGUAAAUGUUUUCUACAUUUUUUUAUUGUGGCUCAGUGCAUAAAAAUUUGUUUUUUUAGGAAAUGUAUUUUUUUGUAAUAAAGGAAGGUUGAAUGCAGAGCAUCAGGAACUUCAACCUUCUCUUAAGGAGAGGUUUGGAUUUAUGUGCUGUUGCAGGGAAGUUUGGUAUUAUAAGUCACUGUUUCAGAAUGAUGCACGACACAACUGCAAAUAUAUGACUAGUGAAAUGGGACUCCAAACUGGAAUGCCUCUACCCACAAAUUUUGAUGCAAUAUAUAAUGGGAACUGUGGUAAUCGUAGGUUGGAAAGCAGUCAUCCGAAAUUAAUGUCAAUUUCCACCAAAUCACCUGAAUUCAAAUCACUUUAUCUUAAAGAUCUCAUGUGCUGCUAUGUUGUGUCGCCUGUUUCCUAAAACACCAGAUUUCUUCCCUCUAGUCUAUAAACCUGGUAAACAUCACAAAACUUUCAGUGCUUGGCACUUAGGUCAUCCUUGGUCGCAUUUUUAUUUGAUUAUACAGCUCAGCCAGUCCAAUAAGAACCCUAGUAUCUCAUUCCCUUGGAGACAGCAGCCGUGCACCCAGUGGGCAUUGAUUGAUCAGCAGUUCAGUUUUUUCUAUGUUAACUGUGUCUUAAUAGUAUGAAAGGAGAGACACUUGAGGUCUCAAAGGCAGUCUGCAAAGAAAUAACACAAGGCAGUAAGUGGAGUGGAAUGGCAAAAAUAUACUAAGAAACCAAGACUUUCUAUUCUCCUUAUAUAUCUGUCAGUGGUGUCAUGUGUUUUUGCACUAUCCUUCAUUAAGUAUAAGACAAAUCAGUCAUAACAAAAGGGGUGAGGCAGAAUCAAACAGGAAAACAUAUAGAGGGAAAAAAAUAUAUGAAGCUAGGCUAAAAGUGAUCGUGUAAAAUAAAAUGUACUAAACACAAGCAAUAGAACUCAUCAAUAAUUACGUAAAAAACAAACAAACUUGAUUUGCAUAUAUUUGUACUAGGUGCGAAUUGAAAGAGCUUUUUAAUUUUUUCAUUAUUCUUUUACUGGAGCAAGGAGGUAGAUGGAUAGGACAGAAAGGGCUCACAUAUUAAAGCAUUUAUAUACCAUGAGGCCUUUUAAAAAUGGUUUCCCCCCUUUUCUUUAAGGGUAGAUUUAUUGAAGGUAAAAAAACCUGUCUUAUUUUAAAAAAAUUUCAUCGAUAAGAAACAAAUCUUGUUCCGUGUUUUAGCAUUCUUUUCUAGCAUCUAAGGGAUCGAUUUAUGUCUUUGUUGUCACAAUUCAAGAAGAAGGCAAACACGAAUAUAUUCAAAAAUAUUCUUCUGAACCUCAAAUAGCAUACCUCCCAACAUUUUGGAAAUAAAAGGAGGGACAAAAAAUUUGGCGCUCGUUGCGCUGCAAAACAUUUUUGUGGGAACACCCCCUAAUUACCAUGUUCAUUUUACAAAAUGUAGCAGGUUAUGAAAGUUUGAACAUAUUUCUGUGGUUAUUUUUCAGUUAUUACAGUUUUGCUAAAGAAGGUGAAUUGCCCUUUAAGCUGAGUCUAAUUUCUCCCAAGGAACCCGUUAUCUAAAUUAUUACAAUUUCUUAUAUCCUUAUCUCAAAUUUGUUACAAAAAUAUCUUAUCUGAACCUUGUGGCUGUUCUGGGCUCUCUCCCAAAAGCCAAUUAAGUUAGAAACAUUGUAUCUUUUUUUGUAGCUGUUCAGUCCAGAGCAAAUCGGAAUUUCCAGUACAAACGUGGGUCUGCGUGUUGAGCUAUCAAAAGAGGGACUGUCCCUUUGAAAAUAGGAUAGUUGGGAGGUAUGAAUAGUCAGUGUUUACUAAAGUUUAGUAAAACUUAAGUGUAAAAAGUGAGGUUUUCAGCCUCAUUGAAAAUGAGUGGAACAAUGUGAUUCUUGCUGGCGUGCAACUUUUUUCCCCGCAAAUAAAGCGCACAGGGGAAUAUUAUUUCUUAAAUAAGCUAGCAUUCAAGAAAAAUUGUCAUAUUCUUUUCUGUUUUUUUCCUCAACCUUGAAAACUGAAAAGAAAUGUGCAAAAAUUCCUCGUAAAUUUGCAUUAUGAUAAACAGUGGCAAAAAAAUGACAGAUUAUCUCAACUGAAUUUGGAGUAGUCAUGGUUUUCACCUGCUCAAAACUAGCAAAUCUUUAUAAAUGAACUAAAGCAUCGCAUUUUUACUUUGGUAAAAUGUUAAUCCAUAAGUGUAAGAAAAAUGUGAAUUUGGUAAAGGGUUAUUUCAUAACUGUGAUAAAAAAAAAAUCACUGUGCAGGAAAACCAUUUACAUUUCAAAGGGAAAUAUUUUUUGAGCUUUGAUAACUCUGGCCCUCAUUUUAAAACAUUCAAAGCUUUUUAUUACUUACUUUUUUUACUUAUUAAUUACGUUGUUGUGAUCAUUGAAGAUUAUUAUAGAUUGCCUCACUUUUCUGUUAUUGUUCCUGCAGAAUAUUGUUUGGUCAUGAUUUUCUAUACUGUAAAACUGGCAGUGGAUGUAACAGGAUAUGACCGUUUUAUAAAGGUUACAAGUUAAAACAAUGGUAUUUGCUUUUAGUUUGACAAUACAUAUAUAUUCUUUUGCACUAUUACCCCAUGUUAUACACAGUUUCAACAACACUUUGCAAACUAUACUGACAGUAUUAUAAUCCAAUGUUUUUUUGUAAAUGUGUAAUGUUCAUAAGUUUCUGGUUGAUAUGUUUUUACAAUGGCUCAUGAGCUGUAUAUACGUGCUGCACUUUCCACUGAAAACAUAAUAAACUAAAACAAUUAAACAAAA